CGGCGCAUGCGUGUUGACAACAUGGUUGACAGAAAUAUAACCUUAAACCUAACUUAUAAUUUUUCAUAAACAAAUUAUUAAUACAAAAUGGAACGCGACAUAGAACAGUUAAACUCUGCAUUAAAUUCGAUUAAAACCCUAAGAUCGAAUGUCAGACGUGUAUUUGAAUCCGUAAGUAACGGCUUACGAGCCGAUCACGGUGAAGAUGGGAAGGAAAACAAAUUUAUUCAUGAGUUACAAGAGUUACUAACAACCGUAAACAACAAUCUGAGAGAUGUUGAAAGUGCUGUUGGUAAUUUAACACCACCUCCAGGACCAUUCAACUUAGGAAGUACAGCUUUCCUGGGUCAGGAAACAACACAAGAACGCCAAGCUUUGUAUGGGCAAUUAGUUAACAGUUACAAGUGGACUGAUAAAGUCCGUGAAUACAGCGCUCUUGCUGGUAACAUACUCCAAACAAAUUCGUUCAACAAAACAUACAAGACAUUUAGCACAACCAAGAGGAGGAAAACACAAACAAGCAAUCAUAAUGUCUCUCCAGAAGUUAUUGAAAAUUUAAUUACAAACAUUGAUCGUUUAUUUCCUGACGUAACAAUAACAGCAAGCAGGCCUUUCUUGCCUAACCCAGUGAUCCAGGCAUGCUUAGGGAGGGUAUUGAAAGCUAUAAUAGCCUUCAAAGGAUUGAUGAUUGAGUGGGUGGUUGUGAAAGCACUUUCUGAAUCAAAUGAUUUGUGGGCUGAGUCACGCUACAAAGUAUUCAAGAAAGUUACAGAAAACUGCCAUGCCGCCAUGUGUCAUUUCCAUUCGCCCAUGAUGCCAGAACUCGCAGUUAAAUCUUUCAUGCACUGGUUCCACAGUUACAACACCCUAUUCAGCGCUCCCUGCAAACGCUGCGGAAAUCACCUUUUGGGGAACUUGCCCCCAACAUGGAGGGAUUUAAGGACCUUGGAGCCGUAUCAUGAAGAAUGCAAAUGAGGUUUAGAUUAGGUAAAACACGAUAGAAAUGUUUUUUUCACAAUAUUUAAUAAAAAUAAUAUAGAUAGUAGCUAGA